AGGCAUUUUGCCUCCAUGCUGCGCAUUCCCGAUCAUUUAUACCAGCACUUCAGACCGCUCUGUCCAGGUGUACACGUCGUGAGCAGAGAACGUGAGAACUUCAACAAGUAUAGGUGCCCCAAUUUGCCCCACCACGCCAAGCCGCCGCUCCACGUCACUGAUGUUUCGCGUCCAUCAUGUCCCUCAAGCACAUGCUCAACGAUAGCGAUGAUCACGAUUUCUAUCGCGCACGUACCGUACCUGAAGAUUGGGAUCAGUAUAAUGGAGACUACAGAGGAUAUGCAAGUAUUGAGGACUCAUCUCAAGAGCACGGUGUAUACAGUCCUCUGGAUCCUGUGAACAUCGACCAUUUGUUGUCGAUGCAGAUAUGGGACUAUGACGCGACAGGUCCAAUCACUGGUCAUACCCAGUUACACUUGAGUGAAGUUGAUUCACAGUAUCUAGUCACAUUUGCGGAUGGCCAUAUCUUUGGGCAUGUCAAUGCACGGAUGGAGAAAGCUCUGACUGAUAUGAAGGAGCAGCAGCUUCAACUUGAGUUUGAAGUCUUCGUACCUACCAGAAGUACACGAGAAACCCUCGGCAGAGCGACCAAAGGCCAAGAGGCUGUCAUAAGAGCUCAAAUGAACGUUUACGGCCCUCGCAUCUCCGCUCACAGUGCUGGUCAAGAGCUAUCGCAGAACAAAUUUUAUCUACAGCUCCCGGACUAUAUUCGAGAUGGUACUGUAUACGAAAACCCACACAUGCUAGUAUUCGCAGAAGAUUCCAACGCCGUUCCAACUACGAACGUCACAUCUGAAGAACCCAACGACGGCACGACCACUGACGAACAUUUUCAGGAAGUCGUUGCCAAUGUGUACUCAUCUCUUACUCGCAACGAAAAUCUAACAGGUCUGGAAGGGCACCAACGUUUACGAAGACCCUUGCUGAAUCAUCAGAAAACUGCAUUGGAGUUCAUGUCGCAACGAGAGAAUGGCCCAAUUCCAGAAAGGUACCAACUCUGGGUGCCAACUGAAAUCGAAGGACAACCAGCUUAUCGUCAUGCCGUUACAGGCAGAACUAGCAGGCUUGAUCACACAGAGACAGGCGGUGGUAUUUUGGCUGAUGAGAUGGGCAUGGGAAAAUCACUGUCAAUGCUAGCUCUGAUUCUUCGCACGCUUGAUAUGGCGCAUAUCUGGGCAUCGGAAGCAAGAGCAUUGUCACAAAGCGCCGGUGCGUCAAAUGGUCGAUCAAAAGCCACACUGAUCGUAGCCUCCUCAGACUUGAUGAUCAACGAAUGGUUCCAAGAACUUGCGAAACACUUCGAUGAAAACACAUUGACGACUCUCAAAUAUCAUGGACAGAAUCGGAGGUGCUCUGUGGAUACGCUGCGCGAUGUUGACCUCGUCAUUACCACGUAUCAUACGCUUGCAUCUGAUUAUUCUAACGGGAAGAGCUUUCUAAAUCAAAUUGAAUGGUACAGAUUGGUUCUUGAUGAAGCUCACAUCAUCCGUCGACAAAACACUGGUCUCAACCGGAGUGUGGCGGAUAUCCAAGCGAGAGCAAGAUGGUGUCUGACGGGCACCCCAAUACAAAACCGCCUGGAAGACAUCGGUGCAUUGUUUUCUUUCCUCAAAAUCAGCCCGCUACACAACAUUGGUGAGUUCAAAAAAGCUAUCUCUGUUCCCUUCGCAGAGGGCGGAAAGCGCCGACAGCUCUCCGUCGAACGAUUCACCCUUCUCCUCGACUCGAUGUGUCUCCGCCGUACCAAGGAUCUUCUUCAUUUACCUGAUCCGGAGAGCCGCAUUCAUGAAAUCAAGCUCUCACCUGAAGAGCGUGCUCAGUACGAACAGACCCGCGAAAUCAUGUUUAGGGCUAUCAAAAACCAAGUGGGAGUCUUUGAUCAGAGAAGCACGCUCAGUCAGUUCCAGAUCCAGUUACAGCUUCGUAUCAUAUGUAACCAUGGUACAUGGCAGCAGGCGUUCUCUUGGAGCCGUCGCAAACUCUACCUAUUAGACGAAAGGGAAGCCAAAGAAAUUGGUAUGGGAAGCCAUGGCGAAGCCACCUGUUCUGCGUGUCGCCAGACAAUGCCCCUGUUUGGCCUCGGAUCUAUGUUUCGUCGGUAUGAAGAGAACUGCAGGCAUACGCUAUGUUCCGAAUGUCUCGAGCAAAGCAGUCAAAAUACUGAAGACCACCUCGCAACAAGCUGUCCUUUGUGUUCUUCCCUGUGGAACACCUCGAAGUAUCCAAAAAAGCAGAAGGGGCACUCACAAGAAGAUAUGUACUUCCGAGCGGCAGGUAAGUCCUCGAAGAUGGAAGCACUUGUGGGUGAUGUGAUGAAAGAUAUCGCUACGACCAAAAGCAUCAUAUUCACCUGUUGGACGAGAACGCUAGACUUGAUCCAGCUGUAUCUGAAAAGAGAGAAGCUCACCUCCAAGAAUGUCCAGCGAAUUGACGGCGAUUAUCCUACAAACAAACGCGAGAAGAUUUUGGAAGAAUUCGAGCGCAGUCCUGAUCUACACGUUCUGAUCAUGACAACUGGGACUGGGGCUGUGGGGUGUGUACACAUUCUCUUCAUCCGCAGUGCUCUCUGACACACAGCUAGCUUGAACCUUGCUGUUGCAAAC